AUGGACAGUCAUACGACCGAAAAUCGGGCAUCGCUUCAGCAGUGUAUUGUUGAGUUCAGGAAGCUGCUUCCGGGAAAAGUGGAGCGGUUGCAGACUGGCUAUCAGAGGCUGGCAGACGCUUACCGCGAAUUGUACGUCGAUCACUUUUUGAAGUAUUGGGAUAGUUUUCAAGUCGGGGAAGAUUUUGCGAGAAAAAACCUAGCAGUCGUCAACAUCUACGUCCAGUCAAACACUAUCGAGAUCUGGACCCAGAGCUGGCGCCACACUUUUUGGACGCUUUCUUGUAACCUCGGAGGCGCACUUGGACUAUUUGUCGGGGCCUCGAUAGCGUCAAUCCUCGAAUUCAUCUACAUUUUCGGGAAAUAUUUACAAAAGAAGAAGCGUCAAGCAAUAGCAAAACACGCAGAAGCUGCCAAAGCCGAGGAUGGAGACGAGCGACAACACGCCAAAGAACUGGCU